CCAUUCAACCAUAAUUAUAUAAUAUUAAUUUUCUUCAAAAGAGAGUGGCUCACACUCCAUCCUACACUAUUCCCACUAUCUUACCAAUCCCUUUCUAAAUUUCUCUCCCUGUUUUAGCUCAAAAAGUGAAGUGCAACACCAUGAAAACUUGUGGUUAUGUUGCAGCAAUGAUACUGGUUCAAGUUUCAUAUGGUGCAUCCAACAUUCUCAUAAAAAUUUCCCUUGAGCAGGGCAUGAAUCAAUUCGUCUUCGUGGUUUACCGCCACAUAAUUGCCUUUCUCCUGUUAGGACCCUUUGCUUAUGUUCUUGAAAAGAAACAGCGACCCAAACUGACUCCCCCGCUCUUUGCGAAGAUCUUUGUGCUUUCAGCAUUAGGGACUACCAUUCACCUUAAUAUUUACUAUGCUGGUUUAGCUUACACCUCUCCUACUGUUGCCAGUGCUCUGAGCAAUGUCAUCCCCAGCUUGACCUUUCUCAUGGCAGUCUUGUUCAGAAUGGAGAAAGUGAAGAUCACAAGUGCCAGGGGUCAAGCAAAGGUGCUGGGUACAGUUAUAUGCAUUUGUGGGUCGCUAGUUUUUACCUUUUGGAAGGAAGGGUACAAGUUCAAAGGCUUUGUUGACAGACCCCUCAUCAACAUCUACACUUCCGAAGGUGUUGGAGAGUCAAGGCAUAGACAUGAAAACUGGAUCAUGGGCUCUGCUCUCAUUCUCACUAGUUAUAUUGCAUGGAGCGCAUGGCUAAUUCUCCAGGCUUUACUAUCCAAAGUAUAUCCAGCUCGGUUAUCACUGACCGUACUGAUUUGCUUCAUAGCAUCACUGCAAUCUUCCCUUCUCUCCAUGUUUUUUGCAAGAAAUCCUGUCUUAUGGAAGUUGGAUUGGAAUUUGUCACUCCUAACAAUCAUCUACGCGGGCACCAUGAUCUCAGUAUUAUCAUACUUUCUCCAAAUCUGGUGUAUCAGCAACAAAGGACCAGUUUUUGCAUCCAUGUUCUCUCCAUUGCUAGUCCUCAUUGUUGGAAUAUUCUCCGCAAUUUGUUUUGCUGAGCGGUUUCACUUGGGCAGCUUGGUGGGAGCAUUGCUGAUAAUUGUGGGACUUUACUGUGUUGUUUGGGGCAAAAUGAGGGAUGAUUCUGCUACUCCAACAAAUACAGAGGCAGAAGAUCAAAUGCUGGAGGUUGCCGUGAUUGGUUGCCCAGCUGCCAACGAUCAUGACAACAAGUGAAGGCAAGGAAAUUGAGGAGGCAAUUGCGAAAUUAAAGAUUACUUGCUAAUUGAUUGUUUAAUCAAAUAUAUUUAAGAAAAUAAAAAGAAAUUAUUACCAAACUGUUAAUUUGUUUUUCAUAUAAAUAUUGCGAAUUCAU